AUGCGCGCUGAAUCUGAUAGUAUUUACCCUGAUCCUGGAUUCUGGACAAAAACCUCAAUAAUACAGUUAUGCUACGGGAUAUUGGUAAACCUAACUAUGGUGACAAUUGGUCUGGCGUUUGGCUUUUCAGCUGUGUUGUUACCGCAACUUUCGGUAACUGAGCCCAAAAUUCCAACUUCAAUAGCCGAAGAAUCGUGGAUUGUGAGCGUGUUAGCCUUAGCAACUCCGUUUGGAUGUUUGGUUAGCGGGUACUUGAUGGAUCACUUUGGACGGCGUAAAAUGCUGAUUCUAUGCGAGUUACCUAUCGCCGUUGGUUGGAUUUUAACAGGCUUUGCUGGCACUGCCCGGGAUAUCAUUAUAGGUAGAAUUAUUGUUGGACUUGGCUGUGGUAUGGCAAUGAGCACCCCUAGGGCUUACUUAACAGAAAUAUCGCUUCCCAAUAUGCGUGGUGUCAUCGGUAGCUUUCCCAACAUUGCUAUGUCACUCGGAAUUACGGUUCAGGCUGGGCUAAGUUCUGUAUUGAGAUGGCGUGAUUUGUCAUUCAUCAACGGCGUCUAUUCGAUAAUCUUAUUUUUUAUAAGCUUUGUCUUUCCGGAGACUCCUUAUUUUGUUCUCAUGAAAGACACUCCAGAGAAGGCCAAAGAGAUUUUAAAGAAGUUCAGAUCAGCCAAGUACAAUAUUGACGCAGAAAUGGAACAGCUAAUAGACUAUAAGGCUGAUAACAAUAUUCGUAGGCUUUCUUUUUGGAGCCAGGUAAAAUUCCUUUUUCGAAGUUCUGCAUGUAAACCAUUUUGGAUUGUGACGAUCUACAUAAUAUUUGCACAGUUAUCUGGAGUUACGAUUAUAUUAAUGUGGACUGAAGAAAUUUUAGAGGAAUCGAAGUCAAGUGUAAAUGCACAUACUGGAAAUAUUUUGCUGGGUGUAACUAGACUUUGUGCGGGAAUUCUUACUUCAAUUUUGAUUUUAAAAGUGAAAAGAAGGCAUUUAGCCUUAAUAUCAAGUCUUGGUGUGUCAGCCGUGUGUAUUUUACUUGGAACAUUUAAUUUAUACGCGAAAGAGCCAAGCAUACUUCCACAGUUGUGCUAUGUAGCUUUUAUUACAUUUGCCUGUUUAGGCUACUAUGUAUUACCAAUUCUCAUUAUAUUUGAAUUGAGCCCUUUGCAAAUCAGAGGUCUUCUUGGAAGUAUUACAAUUUCCAUAUCAAACAUUACAAUAUUUAGUGUCAAUCAAUGUUUCCGAUACGUUGAAAAUGCUAUUGGUUUAGCCAACACAAUACUAGCUUUUGGUGCAUCUUCAUUUUUAGGCAGUAUCUACAUAUACUUCUUUUUGCCAGAAACAAAUGAUUUGACUUUACAAGAAAUCGAGGAAUUCUAUAAUGAGCGACGAUCUACUCUAACAUCACAACGUCGUAUUGUUUCUAUGCAAGCUUUAUCUAAAGCCAGUAAUAGUUUAGCAAGUAGAUCAUUAAUGAAAGUGACUUAA